CCCGCCGCCGGGCCGCUGGCGGGGCAGCCUCGCAAGAGCAGCUCGUCCCGCCGCAACGCGUGGGGCAACCUGUCCUACGCCGAUCUCAUCACCAAGGCCAUCGAGAGCUCGGCCGAGAAGCGCCUCACGCUGUCGCAGAUCUACGAGUGGAUGGUCAAGAGUGUGCCCUACUUCAAGGAUAAGGGCGACAGCAACAGCUCCGCGGGUUGGAAGAACUCGAUCCGUCACAACCUGUCCCUGCACAGCAAGUUCAUCCGUGUGCAGAACGAAGGCACUGGGAAGAGUUCCUGGUGGAUGCUGAACCCUGAGGGGGGCAAGAGCGGGAAGUCCCCCCGGAGAAGAGCGGCGUCCAUGGACAACAACAGUAAAUUCGCCAAGAGCCGAGGCCGGGCUGCCAAGAAGAAAGCCUCCCUCCAGUCCGGCCAGGAGGGAGCCGGGGACAGCCCCGGCUCGCAGUUCUCCAAGUGGCCGGCCAGCCCCGGCUCCCACAGCAACGACGACUUUGAUAACUGGAGCACAUUUCGCCCCCGGACCAGCUCCAACGCCAGCACCAUCAGCGGGAGGCUGUCGCCCAUCAUGACGCAGCAGGACGACCUCGGGGAUGGGGAGGUGCAUCCGAUGGUGUACCCCCCGUCGGCGGGCAAGAUGGCGUCCACCCUGCCCAGCCUGUCGGAGAUCAGCAACCCUGAGAACAUGGAGAACCUCUUGGAUAAUCUCAACCUCCUCUCCUCGCCAACGUCCCUGUCCGUCUCGACACAGUCUUCGCCCGGCGCCAUGAUGCAGCAGACCCCGUGCUACUCGUUUGCACCCCCAAACACCAGCCUCAACUCGCCCAGUCCAAACUACCCCAAGUACACGUACGGCCAGGCCAGCCUGAGCCCCCUGCCACAGAUGCCUAUGCAGACCCUGCCAGACAGCAAGCCGGGCUACGGCGGCCUGAGUCAGUACAACUGUGCACCCGGACUCCUGAAGGAGCUCCUCACUUCGGACUCCCCGCCCCAUAAUGACAUCAUGACACCCGUGGACCCCGGGGUGGCCCAAUCCAACAGCCGGGUGCUGGGCCAGAACGUGACAAUGAGCCCCAGCCCGGUCAUGCCCACGUACGGGGGCCGGGCCCCUCACAACAACAUGAUGAGCCCCAGCGCUCAUCCCCACCCCGGGCACGGCCAGCAGCCGGCGGCGGCGGUCAACGGGCGGGCCCUGCCCCACGCCGUCAGUGGCAUGCCUCACGCCUCGGGCCUGAGCCGCCUGGCCCCUGGGAAGCCCUCCUUACAAGGGCCAGUGCCUCACCACGCCAUGCAGAUGAGCACUCUUGGGGGCUACUCCCAGGCCAGCAGCUGUCACGGCUACAGCAGGGUGGGCCUGCUGCACCAGGAGAAGCUCCCCAGUGACCUGGACGGCAUGUUCGUUGAGCGCUUGGACUGUGACAUGGAGUCCAUCAUCCGGAAUGACCUCAUGGACGGCGACACCUUGGACUUUAACUUUGACAACGUGCUGCCCAGCCAAAGCUUCCCGCACAGCGUCAAGACCACCACGCACAGCUGGGUGUCAGGCUGAGAGGCUACACGUAAAGUACUUGAGAUGGUCUGACAGCAGGCACUGAGAGAAGCCGUCCAAAGAUGUCCUUCACCCCCUCCCCUACUUUUAGUUUUCUUGAUUAAAAAAAAAGAAGAGGAAAAAAAAAAGCAUCCCUUUUUCCCCUCGUCAGACUUGGCAGCGGAGCCCCCUUCCUGCACAGGAUGUUUGCCUGGAGCGCCGGCUCCGUGCUGCUGCAGAUAAGGACCGCGCGCUGGAACGUCCUGAAGUGAGGAGCCAGGCUCGCCAGCCCCGUGUGCUCCCACUAUUAUUAUUAUUAUUAUUUUUUGUAUAUAAGCAGUAGCUUUCGGACUUGUAUUUGUGUGUGCUUUCGUUUUGGUUUUUGGUUUGUUUUUUUUUAAAUAUCCAUUUGGUCCAAGGAAAAGUUUAUACUC